GCCGCUUUUCAUUGAACUUUGUGCCUUCGAGAUACGACAACCUGUCAGAUGUUGGCUUUGCGUCAAUGGUAAAGAAGUUAUUUUAAUUUCGAAUUUCGUAUGACCCUGAUGUUCUCUAUAAGAAGUACAGUAUACGCUGGUAUUUCAAUUCAACAAUUAAGGUGUGAAAUUAAAUACUUUCAAAAAGAGACUGAAUAAUUUGGAAGAUGUGUGAACCACCGAAAUACUAUGGAAAAAGAAGAAGUAUUGUUCGUAGAAUUGGUUCACUUUUACCUUUAAAACCUCCACCAAAAAUAUAUGUCAGUGUUACACCUUUACAUUCAAUGUCAAGUUCUAUGAUCAAUGAAGAAACCAGUAGUGACUGUAAAGAUACAAAUGGAUUUGGACAAGCAAGGUUUUCCAAUGUUAGGCCUGAUUUAUUGGAACCAAUUAGUUUCGGGUCAGAAGUUAGAUUGCUUGCAUUGGAGCAAGAACUUCAAGAACUUAGGGAACAAGUUUCAGCGAUAGUUAAAAGUAACAAACAAUCUAGAUAUACGUCCACUGCGUCUUUAGUAAAUGGAACUAAUACUGACAAUGUGAUACAAACACAGUCACCACCACCACCACCACCACCACCACCACCACCGCUGUCGCCAUUACCACCACCUACAACUCCUCAUAUUGCAAGGAGAGCAAGUCUGCAAGAUCACAAAGUUGAAGAACAUAAAAGAAUUCCAUUAAAUUCCCAAGCAUCUAUUAGUGAUGUCUUUAAAAGUAUCGAGGGUAUUCAACUGAAUUCAGUUGCUAAAUCUCCAAGAGGACGAUCCCUUCAUAUAAAACGCGAGAACAGUCCAUGUAAUGAUUUACAAGAAAUAUUAAGAAGGCGAUAUAUUGCAAUGAACUCAGACAACAGUAGAAAUUCUACAAUUAACUUGACAAUGGAUGAUUCUUUUUCAAGUGAUACAUGAAGACGUUUUAUUGAAAAUUUUUUAAACAAGCAUUAUGUGACAUAUAUGUGCCAUAUAUUAUUUUGGACAGGAUUAGUGACGGACUAAUGAAUUUGAUUAUUACAAUCAAGCCGAAUGUGCACUAAAAAUCCAGUGCAAAGAAUACAAAUGACUUAAAAUUAGCAUGACAGAAAUUAUUGAAAUUGUGAUUAAUAAUUUUAUUUUACACACUGAUUUUUACAAUGUGAUCCUUAUCACAUAUGGAACAUAUGGACAUAAGCUAACCAAAGAUCUAAUUUAUUGCAUACGAGGACAGGCUAAAAUAUUGAGUUGUCACCUAGUAGAGUGUUAUGUAAGACAUUUUCAAAUUGUUUGAGGUAAAUUAGUACUUUCUUCAAAGUACAGGAAUACACGUCAUUUUAUUCAUAUUGUUUAAAAAACUUGUUGAACAGUCUGACACUAUUUUAUAUUAUUGACAUUUUUUAUGAUACAAAAUAUAGCCAUAUUAUUUAUGUACUUACAGCAGUUCAACUUCCGUUAACGACGUUUUCAAAUUUUAUUUAAAAUGUCCAAAUCUGUACGUUUAAAGUUUUCAAUGCAUCGUAUAGUAGUUUUUAGUAGUUACUAUCACAUGAUUAAUUCUUACAUGAAAAAGUACAUAUCCAAGAUUUAUUAAAGUUUACUAAUUAAUAGUACUGAAGUAUAUUUUAUUACUUUUUGUUUGACAACCACAUUUAAACUUCUCUUUAACAAAGGAAGGUAUUUAUUUUAACUUGGAUGAGACUCAGGAUCUUGAACAUUGUCGUUUAGAGCCAUGUUUAUUUAAUAUUAAAUACGUUGAUACUAUUCAAAUUUUUAGGUAAGAAUGUUGUGAUAUUUAAGUCAUACAAUUACUUUUAUGCAUUAGAUUUUGCUAUAGAAGACAGUACACGUAUUCUCUAUAAAUAUGAGCACAGGCUUGCCACACAGUGGAUAAUUGUAAUGUUGCAUUUUUGGCAUUUGUCACGUAAAACACGCGGUUCUCACAGUAACGAGUAUAUGGAUAUUUAAUAGAUCGUGCACACAAUGAAACGACAACACGAAUUAUGUCUUACGACAUUAUGCUGUUAAGGUAUCACUGUGUGGUAAAUUUUACAUUUAUUUAACUUGCGGUUGUUCUUGUAAUGAAUUUAGAAACUAAUGUAGUAUAAGAUCGUCACAGUGAUUUACGACGAAGGUGAAUAUAUUUUCAGUUGAUAUUCUUCACAGAAAUGACAUUUAAUGUUUAGUUUUAUCUAUUUUUUGAGAUGAACGUAUUUAGGGAACGUAAGUUUUUGUUAAGAAGGAUGUAUAAUGGAUACUGGAGACUGAGUGUGAUCUGUAAUGAUAUUACAAAUGUACAGAAGAUCUGUUUUAUACAUGACGCUUUUAUCAAUAACUGAACAAAAUAA